AUGGACAAACGGCUGCCUCCGGGAAGUCGGGAGUCUCCAGCUGCAGGGACGUCGCCGGCCGGGUUACAAUCCUUCAGAUCCAGCGCGGUGGGGUGCGGUAAUCAGAUCGGCUCCAAAUUCUGGUUGAUGGUCUGCGUCGAGCACGACAUUGACCCCACCGGCUACUAUGUCGGCACCUCCGACCUGCAGCUCGAGCGCGUCAACGUCCAACACAAUGAGGCCUCCUGCGGUCGAUUUGUGCCCCACACGGUGCUCAUGGACCUCGAACGCUGCACCGUGCCCUACAGCCAGAUCUCCCCCUGCAAUUUUUGUGCUCACCGUGUAGGUGUCUUCUCCAAGGCGUCCUUAGCCUCUGAACAUCCCGCUCCAUCAAGGUACCUACCCAUGUUUCCAAUUCCCAAACUGAUUCUUUCACUUGGGCCAGAGGACAGUAGCCACCCUAAGAUUAAUCGUCUGAAUCCAUUGAUAGCACUGCUUUGUUUGAGUUGA